AUAAUACUAGUACGUCAAAGUGUGGGCGUGAACCGGUAGCAUCCGCGGGAAUUUCCCGGGAAUUUCCAACCGUAUAGUAUUUAAGACAGACUGGUUGCUCGUAUGUACUACAAACCUCUACACUGUACCAGAGACCAUUAUACUACAAACCGCUACAUUGUUGGGCGAACACUGUGCUGCAACGUCCAGACGAACAAAUCUGUCUUUGAGUGCCGAGUUUCACGAUGCCUGUGAUUAAUAAGAGAAAACGCACAACGACACAUUUCAAAUCAAAAUCUGACGUAAAUUUCCCGAACGAUGGUCACAAAAUACAAAUACGUGCAGAAGGCAGCAGUUGUAAGGAUCAUUACUUACAAGUGAACACUUCACCGGAAUCAAAGACUACCGUCUACGGAAGAGAUGCGUUUCGCUGUAACUUUGGUGGGGCAUAUGACGAUAAACGAACUUUGUUCCGAUGGUACCAAGUUCCUGAUCCUGAUGAUGAACAUGAAGGAAAUCAGCACCAGUCAGCGAUGCUAGGAAUGCCGGGUAAACGGAUUGGCCAUGGAGACUGUAUAUUUAUAUUAGUUGCAAAUUGGCCGGAAAGUAAUCAAAAAGAAGGCGAAAAGAAACAGACUGUGUAUGCCAUGAAACUCGACUAUAAAAAGGAAAAUGCUACACAUGGUCUACCACCAUGGCCCGACCUCAGCCCACUCAAAGAAAAAAUUGACGCAGCAAGAUUCAACUUUGUGUAUAUUGAAAGUAGUGGUCAAUUUCUGAUCAGAGACUAUGUUGCAUACAGACAGGAGGAUACAAUGCAUCGAUAUAUCAGUGCUAAUUAUGAGGGCACAAUUACGAGGCGAGAGAGGCCCGCAGAACAAGAAGAUCCUUUCAAUGAUCCACUCAUGUGUUUUCACAUCACGUUACAAGGGCAUGAUAAGCCAUAUAGAGACACAGCUAAACAACACGUCAAAAUUAAGUUUCAGAAAAUGUUUAUGUGUGUUCGAGGUGACUAUCUUGCUAAGCCAGACACUUAA